AUGUUAAAACUUGUUAAAUCGAUAUCCCAAACAUUAACCAAACGACAUUAAGUCUGCUUUAAUUGUUGGAUUAACAGUACAGUUUUCAGCUUCUUAUGUGGAGCAUAGUUUGAUCUACAUGAAAACGGUUCAUUCACUAUAAUCAAUAACAAAAAAGAGGUUUCUCCAAUAAGCGACUGUAUCAAAUCUGUUACAAAGUCACCAAAUUUCUAUUACAAUGAAGCAGAGAAUCAUUUAAUUAUUGAUUUAAAGGGUUUUAAGAUACAAAUGGUGAAGAGGAUCAAUUAUUAUAAGACCUUCUAUUUAAUAAAAUUAUUUCUUUUGGUCUUUUAAAGGUUAUUUAAUCCUUGACCUACACUUCAAAAUAGAGGGACUGACCUCUAAAAAUUCAUAAAUUCUCUUGAUACUUAAAACAAAAAUAUAUCAUUUGAUUUGAUCUUAAAUAGUUAUGUUGGAGGGUAGUUAAUUGAAGAAUUAGAGAAGAAAAUGCGAUAGGAUCUCUCUCAAUAUGUAAAGUACAUAAGAAAUAUCUCCGUCUUGAAAGGGGCUGUAAAAUAAGGGGAUAUUAAUCAAAUAUUUAAUUAAGAAUCAAGACAAGACUUGGUCUUGUAUUGAAACAUUGAAUCCUUGUGAAUAUGCUCCAUGAAAACUGCAUCAAAGCGAAAAAAUAAGUUAAUAUAUCAUAAUGAAGCAUUAAAGAUAAUCUAAUCUUACGCAUUUGCUUUGGAUAAAAAUUUUCAAAUAUAAAUUGCAAAUUUAAAGAAUAUAUCAUCAAACGAAAAAAUUUGGAUGCCUAAAUAUAAGUAAAGAAAUUGGAAUAAUUGAUACUGAUUCAAACAAAUAAAACAUCUUAUGAGUGGUUUGAAGCGUUUAUUUUCACAUGUCAAAACAUUUUAACGACAAUUGACCCCAAUGUUACUUACCAAAAAUGGGAUAACUUCUAAACAGUCUUUAAAUAUUUUGAGGAGUUUUCCAAUCUAAUUGAUGGAUAUAAAAAUAUUGAAUUUGCAAAUACAUUUGCAAAAUCUUAAUUAGCAUAAAUAAAAUCAUAUUUGAAUCAUUUAUCAAUAAGCACGUUAAAUCAAAAUAAAAUAAGAAUAAGAUGA